UGUUAGAGAGAGAGAGAGAGUGAGAGAGGCAAUGGCUACGGCAUCGUCAUCAUCGUCGUCGGCGGCGGUGACGGAGCGGAGAGGAAUACCAGGAGCUCAGUUCGUAGAGGACGUGCAGACCUAUCUCACUCAGUUAGGCCUCGACGUUAACUCUGCCCUUGCCUUUCUCCAAGAAAGACUUCAGCAAUACAAAUUGGUUGAAAUGAAGCUUCAAGCGCAGCAGAGAGAUCUUCAGGCAAAGAUUCCUGAUAUUGAGAAGUGCUUAGAUGUUGUUGCUACUUUGCAAGCUAAGAAGGGUACUGGUGAGGAACUUAUUACAGAUUUUGAGGUAUCUGAAGGGAUAUAUUCACGAGCUAGCAUUGACGAUACCGAUUCAGUCUGUUUAUGGCUGGGUGCGAACGUCAUGUUGGAGUAUUCUUGUGAAGAGGCUACUGCUCUUCUACGAAAGAACUUAGACAAUGCUAGAGCCAGUUUAGAAGUUCUGCUUGCUGAUCUACAAUUCUUGAGAGAUCAAGUGACAAUAACCCAGGUAACAAUUGCUCGGGUGUACAACUGGGAUGUUUAUCAGCGCAGGAUUCGACAAGCUUCCCCCAAGGAUUCAUGAAUUGAAUUUUAACCGUCACCAAUUGGGAGUAUGCUUCAAUUCUAAACUUUAGUGACCGAAUUGACCACCAUCUAUAUAUUUGCAAGAAUCGUACUCUUUCUUCAUUGUCACGCGUCAAGUUCCGUAUUUUGCUUCGUUAGAGAACAUUUGUUUGUGGAGUUUUGGUACAUGGAUGGAAUAUUUAUGCUUGUUCUGUAACGUGUAAAAUCACUACAACUCUCGAUUGAUAGGGCAUGCUUUGUUGUUAAAUAGAUAUUCAGUUGUGUUUCAA